CAAUUACUCCCUUUCCACACGUUUCGACUCUUCACAUCUUUUUGCUAGGAUGAAGUAUUCCUGUGUAUUGACUGCUUCGGCACUCACUAGUUUGGCAACUUCAUCCGCCUUGGUUCCUCGAGAAGCCAGAGUUGCCCCUCCCAACUAUGCUGUAGAAUCAUGGAAGCGCGCCUCACCACAGGCUCCUAACGGCUAUGCGCCGUCACAAGUCGAUUGCCCUUCUACGCGGCCAAGUAUCCGAUCCGCCGACACAAUCUCAUCUCAAGAGACGGAAUGGUUGAAGAAAAGGAGACCAAACACCAUAGACCCUAUGCGCCAGUUUCUAGAGCGUGUCAACAUCCAAGGUUUCAAUGUUGGACAAUACAUCGACAAGCACCGCUCUAAUACCUCCGCGCUACCCAACAUUGCCAUUUCCUUCUCUGGCGGAGGCUACAGGGCUCUGCUUAACGGUGCAGGUGCCCUUUCUGCAUUUGAUAGCCGGACUUCAAACUCGACAAGCGCAGGGCAUUUGGGAGGAUUGUUGCAAGCGUCUACCUAUGUCUCGGCGCUAUCUGGUGGGGGUUGGAUGAUUGGAAGCAUAUAUGCCAACAAUUUCACUACUGUCGAGUCCAUUGUCAACGAGGGCGCUGAGAGUCCCAUCUGGCAGUUCCAAAACACUCUCUUUCAAGGACCUCCUACCGAGCGUCGUAUCAAGCUACUCUCUACCGUGGAGUACUACGACAACUUGCUCAACACCGUGCAGAGCAAGUCUGAUGCGACGGCUGGUGACUUCAAUACGUCCAUCACGGAUGUAUACGGCCGUGGCCUUUCGUUCCAGCUCAUCAACACAACUGAUGGAGCUCCUUCCUACACCUUCUCUUCCAUUCAAGAUGACGCUGCCUUCUCGUCCGGCAACGCACCGAUGCCUAUCCUUGUGGCGGACGAGCGGGCACCUGGGGACCUUAUCAUCUCGCUUAACGCUACCAACUUUGAGUUCAACCCCUUUGAGAUGGGUUCUUUCGAUCCUACGACAUUCGGCUUCGCCCCUUUGAAGUACAUUGGUUCCAACUUCAGCUCGGGACAGCUUCCUCAAAGCCAAGGAUGUGUCGCUGGAUUUGACAACUUGGGCUUCAUCAUGGGAACUAGCAGCUCCUUGUUUAACCAAAUCUUUCUCCAAUUGAACACUGUACAGAAUAUUCCAGACAAGCUUAAAACGUUUGUCUCGAAUAUUCUGACUAAACUGGGGAAGAAUGGUGAUGAUAUCGCCGACUACUCGCCCAACCCUUUCUUCCAGUUCCACAAUGAGACAAACCCCAGCGCGAAGAACGAGCGUCUCACACUUGUAGACGGCGGUGAAGAUGGCCAGAACAUCCCCCUCAACCCAGUCAUCCAGCCGGUCCGCCAGGUCGACGUCAUCUUCGCAGUUGACUCAUCUGCUGACACCGUCGUAACGGGUAUGCCCUCCCAGAACUGGCCAAACGGUACCGCACUCAUCGCCACAUACGAACGUACCAAGGGAUCCAUCAUGAACAAGACUUCGUUCCCCUAUAUUCCAGGUCAAAACACAUUCGUUGCUCUCGGCUUGAACAACCGCCCAGCAUUCUUCGGCUGCGACAGCAAAAACGUCACCCAGGGCAACAACAUUCCUCCUCUGAUUGUAUACAUUCCCAAUUCUCCAUACACUUUCUGGUCCAACCAGUCGACGUUUGGAAAGCUAGACUACAGUCUCGAGGACCGUGACGGCAUGAUUCUGAACGGUUACAACGUCGCUACUCAAGCAAACGCGACUCGCCAGGGUGCUGAAAACUGGCCUACAUGCGUUGGAUGUGCUAUUCUCUCAAGGAGCUUGGAGCGCAAUGGCGAACCCGUUCCACAAGUGUGCCAGCAAUGCUUCACGCAAUACUGCUGGAACGGCACUACGGUUGAAACAUCGGCGCCGUACACCCCCUCGUUGAUUGUUGCUGAUGCUGCGACGAAAAAGAACGGUGUCGGCAAGUUUGUGCCCAACGCCCUUGGUCUUGCUUUUGCCGUGGCUGUCUCUGGCUACUUGGCGAUAUAAAGUGCUGUUUGAUCCAAACAGUCUUCUGGUUCGAUAUAGGGCUUGCAUAGCCGGCGCUGGAUAUAUAGUGAUACCACAUGUUUUGUACAUAGCAAUUGAAUUCCUGCAUUAACAA